AUGACAUCACACACAGCAACCAAACCCGAGCUGGAGCAGACCUUCCUCUCGUUCGUGGCCGGCAUCAAACACCAUGACGAGAACGCCAUCUCCGCGCUCCUCGCACCGGACCUCACCCACAACGGCCACCAGGUCGGAAGACAAGAGUACCUGGACGGCCUGCUCAAGGCCACGGCCGACACGCAGGACAUCAUUGUCGACAUGCUCAUCGUGAGCAGCCAGAACCCCGCCGUGGCAGCCAGGCUCAUCCACCACUCCCGCCAAGGCCACCAACAACACCCAGAAUACGUCUUCGUCCACUUCUCCCAGCCAAUCCCCAAGAUCACCAGCGUGCGCUCCCUCGCCGACGAGGCCUCGUCCUCCCCCAUCCCCCUCUCCCCCCAAGCACCGACGCCGGAACAGUCCACCGCCGUGCAGGACCUCGCAUCGUUCUACAGCGACUACAUCGCCUCCAUCAACACCCUCACCAUGGACCGGCACUUCCCCCGGUCCUGCCAGCCCCGGCUCACGCACAACGACCGGGCCCUCGACAUCCCCAGCUACAUCGCCCUCAUCGAGUCCUCGUUCGGGGACAUCCGCGGCCUGCGCUUCAACGUCGUCGACCUCGUCGCCGACGAGGGAAAACAGCAGGUCGCCUCGCGGAUCGAGUUCACCGGCCGGCCUGUCCGCCCGUUCCGCGGCGUCGAGCCGGGGGUUAACGGGGAGGAGGUCAAGUUCCACGAGCACGCGUUCUACUUCCUCGAGGGGGGCAGGAUCGUGAGGGUGUGGUCCGUGUUGGACAUGGAUGCCUACAAGAGGUGUCUGGGCCGGUCAUAG